AUGAACACAUCAACUCCAUCGAGGAAGUCUAAAUAUGUUGAAGUUGACAGUGAGGAAGAAGAAGAAUCGUGGAACGAGGAAGAAGAGGAUGAACCCCGCGCCAGUAAGAAACGAAAGACAGAAAAGAAACGAAGACCUGUGCCGACACAUUUGUCAUUGGAUGAAUUAAUGGAAAGUCCUACAUUUAAAAAGUUCAAUAGUUGCAUUGACUAUAUUUUUGACAGUGUAGAAGAUGUGAACUUUAGUGCUAUUGAUGUGAAUGAUGAAACAGCCGAGUGUCCCCCAGACUCUUUGAUAGCCAAAGGAAUUCUAAGUGAUUUGUGUGGCGAGGCAGCAAAGCUACGAUCAAUGGGGGCUAUGAAUCAAAUGCCACCAGAUAGACUUGUGAAAUUAUUGACUAUUUUGCAGUGGAAUAUUCGUGACGGAAGUAGUGUGACUCCAAACGUAGGACAAGAAGAUGCUGAUGAGGAUGAACAGAAACUGUGGCGUGAAUUAACCAUGGAGCGAAUCAUGAGAAGUAUGGAUGCAACACUCACUGCAUUAUUCAUUAUGACGUCCCCUAAAAUGCCAAAACAGGUCUACCUAGAAGAUGUCAUAGAAAGAAUACUUUUCUUUGGAAAAUUUCAACUUCAUAAUACAAUUUAUCCAGAGUUUGAUCCAGUUUACAAAGUCACCAAAGAGAAAGAUGGUUAUUAUGGUAGUUUGAAGGCUAAAAGGGCCAGAGCGGGGUCUGUCAAGCAUAAAUCAACCAUCUCCCUGUUCAACAAAAUCUCUGAUAUGGUUGGCUGUCUUGGGGAAUUAAUUGAUAUUCAAGAAUUAACAGACACUGUCAUUCUUCAAGCCUCAUCAUUGGGUGUUUCUCCAUUCUUCGUUGAAAAUGUCAGUGAACUGCAACUCAACGCCAUCAAAUUGGUAACCACCAUUUUUUCCCGCUAUGACCAACAUCGACAACUCAUUCUAGAAGACAUAUUUUGCAGUUUGGCUCGUUUACCAUCCAGCAAGAGGAAUAUUAGAAUUUAUCGACUCAAUGCUGAAGAGUCCAUCCAAAUGGUCACGGCUUUGGCUCUGCAGUUAAUACAAUGUGUGAUCAAGCUGCCAUCUCUCACUGAUGAUGGCCCUGAUGAAAGUGAACGUGAACGAUCUGAGAAGAAGAAGAAAAAGGGACAGACUGAUAAUGAAGUUUUGAUCAUCAGCAGUUAUGAAACAGCUAUGAGAACAGGGUACAAUUUUCUCUCUGUUUUCCUCAAUAAAUGUUCAACCAAAAAUGAAGAUGACUAUCGUCCCUUGUUCGAAAAUUUCGUUCAAGAUUUGCUGUCUACAGUCAACAAGCCAGAAUGGCCAGCCUCUGAACUUUUACUCAGUUUACUUGGAAGAAUAUUGGUGAAGCAGUUUAGCAGCAAAUCCACUGACAUGUCAUUGAGAGUUGCCUCCCUGGAGUAUUUGGGUAUCGUGGCUGCCAGAUUGAGAAAAGAUGCUGUCUCCAGUCGCUUGAACCCAGAAAUUAUUCAAGAAAUUGUUGAAAAAUCUAAAAGUAAGGGUGAUAUGACUCAAAAAUUGCAGGAAGCCAUGCUGGUAUAUUUGGCUUACAAUGGAGAGAAGGAACCAGCCCUAAUGUUUGCACGACAAUUUUAUUUGGCUCAAUGGUUCAGAGACACGAAUGCUGAAGCAGAAAAAAGUACAAAAACUGCAAAUUCAUCCAAUCAAGAUCCAGAUAGCGACCAAUCAGAAAGCGAUAAAUCGGCUGAAUAUUUACAAAAGUUAGAGGACAGAAAAGACUUUUUGAUUGAGCAAGCCAAACUAACACUAGCCCCUUCCUUCAAACCAGCCCCUAGUAAACUGGAUUAUGAUAGUGCUUGCUUAGUCGCCCGAUACCUCUCCUCAAAACGACCCUUUGCACAAAGUUUUGAUAUCUAUCUUACUCAGAUAUUGAAAGUACUUUGUGAGACGGCUGUGGCAGUGCGUACUAAAGCUAUGAAGUGUUUGACAGCCGUUAUUGAAGCUGACCCUGGAAUUCUAGGCAGAGAUGACAUGCAACGUGGAGUUCAUGGACGAUUCCUUGAUCAAUCUACAUCUGUGCGUGAGGCAGCAGUAGAAUUAGUCGGUAAAUUCAUAUUAAUUCGUCCGGAGUUGAUACCCAAAUAUUACGAGAUGUUAUCGGAGCGUAUUUUGGACACUGGUAUCAGCGUGCGCAAGAGAGUUAUCAGAAUUUUCAAAGACAUUUGUAUCGAUCAAUCUGAUUUUGAUAAAAUUCCCGAAAUGUGCGUGAAAAUGAUUCAAAGAGUGAACGAUGAGGAAGGAAUUAAAAAACUAAUCAAUGAAGUUUUUCAAACGAUGUGGUUUUCUCCGAUUAGUGCGCGAGAUAAGGACUCUGCCAAACUGCUACUAAAAGUGAUGAACAUUACCGAGGUUGUGGCUGCUUCUAAAGACAUCGGUUAUGACUUUUUCGAACAAAUGUUAGAAAACUUACUGAAAAAGGACGAUGAUGGAAACUAUAACAAAUCUGCUGUAACUGCUUGUAAACAAAUCGUGGACUGUUUGGUUGAAAAUGUGCUAAAACUGGAAGAAAGCAGUGUUGAACGCAGUACAAAGAAUCGAUUAGGUGCUUGUUUAUCGACUUUGUAUUUAUUCAGUAAAAUCAAACCAGACUUAAUGGUGAAUCACGCGACUACUCUUCAACCGUAUCUAGAUAUUAAAUGUAACACUCAAGAGGACUAUUUGGUGCUACAUUAUGUCGCGAGAAUUUUGGAACUUGUGGUCCCUUUAAUGAACCAUCCGAGUGAAACAUUUCUGGCUCAGUUAGAAGAGGACAUGAUGAAACUAGUUUUAAAACAUGGUAUGAUGGUUUUACAAAGUUGUGUUAGUUGUUUAGGGGCUGUGGUCAAUAAUGUGAGCUAUAAUUUUACGCUUGUUAAAGACUGUUUUCAGAAAUUUUUUAGUGUUUUAUCAAAGUUGAUGACUGAUCAUCGUGAAGACCCAGACAAUCCAACUUUAAAAAGCCGGCGGCCCACAAUGUUGCGGUCGUUAUUCACUGUGGGUCUAUUGUGUAAACAUUUUGACUUUGAUUCUAAAGAGAUGGGCGAAACGAAAGUCUGUGUGCGGGAAAAAGUGUUUGAUGUUUUAACGUACUUUAUGUGUCAUGAGGAUGAGGACGUUCGAUUAAAAGCGCUGACAGCUCUGGGAUUUGUCCUCAUACGACAUUAUGACUAUAUGUUAGGGCACACUGUGAAAGAAAUGUAUAAUAUGUUUUUAACUGACGAUAGCGCUCCAACACGACUCCGUUGUCAAGUGUUGAAAAAUCUUCAGAGUUAUCUUUCUGAGGAGGAAAAUCGUAUGGCCAUAGCUGAUCAGCAGUGGAAAAAACAAUCGAAACAUGAGGACUUAAAAGAAAUGGGUGAUAUUCAGUCAGGCAUGGCUAGUGCGAUUAUGCAAGUUUAUCUGAAACAGGUGUUGGAGUCAUUUUUCCAUGAGAACUCUACUGUGCGAUUGACUGCAUUAGGUGUAGUGCAACUUAUUCUAAAACAAGGUUUGGUACACCCGGUUCAGUGUGUCCCAUAUUUGAUCUGUAUGGGAACUGACAUUGAAGCAGCAGUGAGAAUCAAAGCAGAUCAACAAAUGCAGGAAAUUGAAAAGAAGUAUCCGGGUUUCACCCAUAUGAAGGCUCAACAGGGAUUGAAAUACUCAUACAAGCUUCAACAAGUGCUGACCAAAGGCAAACAAGGACCCAUACGAGGCAUGAGGUUCAUGAAGGAUGACAUCCCGGUCAGUCUGAACUCUCAUGUAUAUAAAGUGGUCCGAGCUAAUCGUCAACAUCGUAGAGGCUUUUUGACCACUAUCUUAAACCUCUUUGAUGAUUCUGCUCGAAUCACUUUAGCAGAACAGCUAUACACUGCAGACAACCUUGCCUACUAUCCUUACCAGUUUCAAGAUGAACCUCUCUUCAUUAUUCAUCAAAUUGACAUCAUAGUCUCAGUCACUGGCUCAAAUCUUCUUCAGUCCUUUAAAGAAAAUUUGAUUCUGAAACCUGGAGUUGAACCAGGAACAGAAGAUGAUGAUGAUGAUGAUCGUGAAGCGCUGUUGACAAGGUUUCCAGAAAACCUCGCACCUUUGAAGGAAGUGAUUAAUCUUUCACGAGGCUGUGUCUUGUUGCUAGUUCUCAAACAACAUUUGAAAGAUGUCUAUGGUUUCUCCGAAAGCAAGAUUCAUCGUUAUUCCCCAACUGAGCAGGCAAAGAUUUACGAAAAACCCUUAAACAAGAAGAACAACUUAAUAUUCAAUCCAAAAUAUACUAUUGAAUAUUUGAAUGAACAACAAGAAGACAUGGAUGAUGUUGAAGCUAAAAUCAGGGUGGUGGAUGACUAUCUUGAGUUCAAAGAUCUGAUGAUGAGCAUCGACCCUUCAGAUGAAGAUGACAGUGCUGAUGAAGGAAGUGGUAAGGGAACGCCAACUCAUGGUGGAUCUGCAUCACGUCUCAUUGGUAGUAGCAAUCCAGAAGAUGGAGAAGCCACAACUACAGAAACUGACGAAGGUCCUGGAGCUAGUUCGUCUGAACCCAAAGAGGACGGACAAGCUAUGGAAUCCACAACUACGCCAUCUAAAGAAGCCAGUCGUCCACCAAUCACCUUAUCGAUCUCGAAAUCAGUGGUGCACAAGACACCUCAUCGAGAACGAGAACGAGAUCGAGAUCGAGAACACAAACGAAGUCGCCUUAUAACAUCCAGCACAAAGGGUCACAACAGCAGCAGCAGUAGUAGUCAUCAUCAUGUACAUAGAUCUAAAGACUCCUCCCAUCAUUCAGGCAGUAAGACACCCGUCUCCGUUAAAAAGAAGAAGAAAAAGAAGAAGCGUUACCAUAGUGAUGAGGACGAAAGCGAUGAUGAUGAUGAGGACCCUGAUUUCACCAUGUAG